AUGGAUAGAACGUCACCGAGUUCUUCGCCGUGUCCUGACGCCCGGUGUGACCCGUCGCCGAGCUUUUCGGCGUUCUCUGACGCCUGGUGUGACCCCCUUCAGGUGUUACCGCCAGAUAAGUAUCCACAGCUUUUACAACAUUUAAGAGAACAGGUACCGUCAUCCUUAAAGGUCAUUGGUCAUCUGAAUUCCAACAUGAAAGAUGCUAAACAUUUUGAACUGGCGACGUAUGUGGACGAAUGGCCAUCAUUUUCUGUGUUGUUGUGCUUGUUUCCAGAUAGCGCUGAUGUACACAGCAACGCUAUCACAUUUCAAGCCACUGAUGAUCUGAAACUGAAGUAUGUAUUGCAAAAUACACGGGUUAUUGACUGGAAUGAUAAUUUGUGUUUUAAAGGUAUUGAGAGCAAGUUCAAAUCUAUGUUAUUGGAAUGUAUUCCUGCACACAGUGAACUAAAAGAAACCGGGCGGUCCGAUGUUUAUAUCUAUAACAAAGAAGACUGUUCUUUCAAAAGCGAUUUAACAGAUGGUUUCUACCUCGCAAAAUUGAAGCCGGAAGACAUGGGAACCAUAGAGAAGUAUUGGAGGUUCGAAAGCCGCGGGCUAUCACUGAUUCGCAAUCAACUAGUCCUGGAUACUCACCCCACAGCUGGAAUUUUUAAAAGUAACACCAACGAACUUGUGGCAUGGGGAUUGGAGCUUUAUUUUGGUUCAAUCGGAACAGUCCAUACAGUAGAGUUAUACCGAAGAAGGGGAUUUGCGAAGAUCAUUAUAUCGUAUUUGACGCGCAAGAUUCGUGAAAGUAAAGGGAUUGCGUGGUGUCAUGUACAAGACGUGGCGACUAAAGAAAUAUCGGUGAAUAUGGUUAGGUCGGUGGGUUACAAAAAGACAGAUAUGCAACACAUAUGGGUCGCGUAUACACCAAGGUGUAAAUAA